CCUCAUUGUUGUACACAUCUCCACACAACUCAUCUAUCCGAACUACAUCUUUUUCCACACUGUAUUCCGUACUAUACACAAUACACACCAUCACCUCCGACGUCAUCGGGCCCUGAAUGAACUUCACUUCCCGAGCUCCACUUUUACCCAUCUCUAGGCUGGACCUUCCCCCUCAACGCCCCUCUGUGACUAACCACUGCUGUGUCUGUGUACUGUUAUAAAAGCCCAUCCCUCUCCAAGCACAGUCUAAAGCACCCACCACUACAACACCGCAACCCUCCACUCUCCACGCUCCAAGAAAAACAGCACCGCAAAAAUGGAAGACAAGCCCCUCACCCCAGUCAGCACCGAUCCAAUCGAACUAACCGCCCUCGAAACCUCCCCUUCCCUCAUCUUCACCAGCUUCACGGCCACAACCGCCUUCCAGCUAGGCCUCGCCCUGCGCAACCGCAUCCUCUCUCUGCCGCCCUCAUCCCGCAAACCCGCCCUCAUUUCCAUCACGUUGACUACCGCGCCGCUCCCAUUCACCACAGACUCCCAGCCGGUGCCGCCGCACGUCGUCUUCCAGUGCGCGACCGAGCCCGGCACGAUCCCGGACAACGAGGUGUGGGUGCGCCGGAAGCGGAACACCGUGCUGCGGUGGGGGGUGAGCAGUUGGUUGAUGCGCAACAAGCUGCUGUCGAGCCUGAGCGAUCUGAAAAAGGACGGGGUGGAGGCGGCGUUUGUGCAGAAGUAUGCGCUGCGGUCGAGUAAUGGCGGGGCGGUGGCAGAUGAUUAUGCGAUUCAUGGGGGCGGGUUCCCGGUCAGGGUGCGCGGGGUGGAUGGCGUGGUGGGGGUUAUUGUGGUGAGUGGGUUGAAGCAGGAGGAUGAUCAUCAGGUCAUUGUGGAUGUGGUGAGGGAGUUUAUCUUGCAGGGGGGGGAGGCGUCGGCUUAAUUAGUCUUGGAAAAGGGAGAAGAGCGUCAUAGUGUGUAUUGUGUGUACUAUAUAUGUAUAGGAGUGAGAGAAAAAAGUUUGGAUACUUGGAUACUAUGUAUAUAUCAGACUAGUUGACUGUUUGCACGGUGGAUGUCUACUUGGGAGUGAUUGUCAUGUUCUGGGAUCAUCAUAGUGCCCUGGGCUGAUCCUAACGAGCUGGCUUCAUCCAAACGAACGGUACUGGCAACAUAUAUCGAG